UACGUCUUCAAAUUAGGCAAAGGGAUUGGACAACAAAGAAGAAAUAACAUAUAUUUAAUUGCAAAAAACCGCAUUGUGAACAUUUUUACAUUAUUCAAUGUAUUUAUUAUUGUUUAUAAACAAACGGUUUUGAAAUUAUGUGAAUUACGUAGAAGAAACCGCUGAGGAAAAUUUGAUUACUUCAGCAUACAUAUGUAUGUAUAAAUGUACAUAUGUCAUCUUCGCGAGAUACAGAAAAUCCGAAUUCCGAAUUUGAACAAGGGCAUCAAAAAAGUCAUCGUGACGGAAAUGCAGGAAAUGUGCAAACUAUUUACUCCAGAUACAUGGAGUUAAUUCGGAAUUGAACGAAUUUAUAUGUUGGCAAUAAAAGCCGCACGUAGCGAAACGCUGUGAUUUCUUUUGCCAGGAAACUGGUUGUCAUGAAUUGUUCCACACCGAAAAAUCCAGAAUCAACGGCAACAAAUACCUUAAAAGCAAAUACAAAACCAUCUUCACUGCCGACAAAGCUGUCAUCGUCACCAUCGUUGGUAACUCCUAUAUACUGCAGAAAAGACAUUGAUAAUUCAAAUUUAUUUUGUGCUACUACUGCUGGAAGCUGUAUUUCCAACACGGAACGACCAACGCCCCCGCCAAGAGCAGCAAAAGCAGCCAAAGCCUUAAAACUCGCAUCCGCUGCUGCAUCGGCUUCACAAACGCCAAUGAUAAAAAAUAUUGAAAACGUAUCAAGUCACGCGAACGGCGAUGAAAAAGAUGAAGAAGAGGAAGAAAAAGAAAUUUUUAAUGAUGCCAACAGGAGAGAAUCUGUUACCGAGGAUGCAGCAGCAGUACAGGUCAAUAAACUAAAAGUAAUUAAAGAAGGCAGCGAAGAAAACAAGACAUUUGACUCCACGGCUACUAAAAUAGAGACAGGUGGAACAAAUUUAGCCUCAAGCAACGUUUCUGCAGUCGAAUGUGCUGAUACGCUAUUGCCAGAUAAAGCAAUAUCAAUCACAACCCAAGAAGAGCUUGACGAUCAAGCAGCUGCGCAAGUGCAAACAACCACGUCUGCUGAACUCAAUGAAUGCAUAGAAAAUACAUCUAAGCCAAGUAUUGUUCCUAUAACAGUUGAAAGCCAGCGCGGCGACGCGGAUAGCGCCGAUACUGAUAACCGGGACUUAGCUGGAGCAAGCGCAACCGACGGACUAUCAUCUAAAGCGUCAAUAUUUGACGAUACUCCUCUUAGUCGCAAUAACUCCACCGGUUUGGGAAAGAACAAAUUAUCAGAAACACCGUCCUUUUCAAAAAUAUCCAGCAGCUUACAGAGCUCGCUUGGCGCUCUUAGCGGCAAUCGCCCAGAUGAGGUGAGUUUAGUCAAGUGCUGUAAUUCGUUGGAAUUAGAUAUAUGUGGCGAGCGCGCGUGUGUGGCGAAUGAGUGAAUCGGUGCGAUUGUGUGACCUUAAAGAAUAUACGUACAAGGGAAACAUUUGUAAUAUAAAAUCAAAACAAAAAAAAUAAAUUUUUUAAACGACAUGGGUUUGGUCAUGAGUUGGAUGCUAAUGUCCGCUGUUUACGAACAGUUAACCUAUCGGUAUGAGCAGGUAAAGUGAAGUAAAUUUCUUGUUUUUAAUUGUUGUACUUUUUUAUUGUUUCUUUAACCACAUAACCUGCUUGACAAAGCCGUUGAAUACGUAUAUAUGUACAUACAUAUAUACACACUAUAAAGCAACUCCGAUUCAAUAUUAAUAGGUUGUCUAUUUUCUCAUUUCAAGAAGUAUUAAGUCGUAUGGGUUUUUCUAUUGUAAGCUUAUUCGUUUUAGAAUUUUAAUGAACAAAUACUUCUGCAGAUAAGCAAUAAUCGAACGUUGGAACUAUGACGCUUGAGAAAAAAUUGAAUUGUUGCCUACCUUCCGCAGUUAAUAAAUGCUCAGUAUCAUAGUGCUGCUAAAAAGCUCGUUUUAUGGAUUUUAUUUGUAAAUCUAUAUAUCGUCGUUGUUUGUAAACGUUGGAGCUUUCAUUGAUAAGAAUUGUUUAUUUACUUUU